AUGACAACCAACUCUUUCGGUGGAGCUCUUCCUCGCUUUGACUUCCCAACUCAACCUCAACCAGCCAUCACACGCAUGGCACGCGUCAGCAAAGCCCUUCCUAUUAUACUAGUUGCUGCUGGCGUAGCUGCUGCCGCUCUUAAGACAACGCAAGAGACUCGUUCGUUUGGCCGUCCUUCGAUGGUUCAGAAUCUGGUGCCGCAGGGGCAGGGUAUCAUUGAUAAGCGGAAUGUCGAUACUGCAUCCAAGCCGGAUAAAUGA